AUGCAGAAGCCAGAGACUCAAAGAAAUCAGCCUCCACCAGGAUACCCGACUGACCAGGAUCCCCCAACAAAAAGAAAGAUGUUUUUUAGUUCAAAGAAGAAAGGAGAGAGGGGCUUCAUUGAGGGAUGCCUCUUUGCUCUGUGCUGCUGCUGGCUUUGUGAAGAAUGCUGCUAA